ACAACUCAUCCAUAAUGGCAGAGAUACCCUUUGACAAACUUUUAAAGUUAUUUUCAGGCGCAGGCUCAACGUUGUUGCUGGCUGGAGCCGGCGUUUGGCUCGUGAAUUCCAGUCUUUACGACGUCGGAGCUGGUCACAGGGCCUUGGUGUACAAUCGUAUAACUGGGAUUAGUGACGCUACACAUGGAGAAGGAACCCACUUUUUAAUCCCGUGGCUCGAAAGGCCAAUUAUAUACGACGUCAGGACCAGACCCAGGACUUUGAUGUCGCUAACUGGUAGCAGAGAUUUGCAAAUGGUCAACAUAACCUGCCGUGUCCUCUCCAGACCGGAUGAGAGGAAGCUCAGGGACAUUUACAGGCAUUUGGGAAAGGAUUACGACGAGAAGGUCCUUCCUUCCAUCAUAAAUGAGGUCCUCAAGAGCAUUGUGGCUCAGUACAAUGCAUCGCAGCUCAUCACUCAGAGGGAGACUGUUAGCAAAGCUGUUCGGGACCAACUGGUCAACAGAGCUAGAGAUUUCAACAUUUUGCUGGAUGACGUCUCACUCACCCAUUUGAGCUUUAGUCCAGAGUACGAAAAGGCUGUUGAGGCAAAGCAGGUUGCUCAACAACAAGCGGAAAGAAGCAAGUACAUUGUGCUCAAGGCACAGGAAGAAAAGAAGUCAACUAUUAUCAAGGCGCAGGGAGAGUCUGAGGCUGCCAGAUUGAUUGGAAGUGCCAUGAGAGAUAACCCAGCGUUUAUUACGCUGCGCAAAAUUGAAACUGCCAAGGAGAUUGCGAAUAUUUUGGCUAAAUCGCAAAACAAGGUUAUGCUAAAUAGCAGCUCAUUAUUGCUUUCCCCAAAGACUGAAUAG